AACAGGUAUUUUUAUAUGUAUGCUUUAGAAGUUUUCUUGCGUACAUGCGUAUGAAAUUAUCAUAUAAAACACGUGUCUAUAAAUGUAUGCAUUUGUAAAACACGUGUGAUUUUGAGCACCUAAAAGUAUCCUCCUUAUACUGUUCGUAGUGUUUGUGUAUAAGCAUACUAUAAUGCCAAUUAAAAAUAUUUCGGAUUAUUAUACUCACUUUAAUAAGAACGAGGUAUUGGUUUAUUUUCGGAGUGCUGUUGCGACACCUGUGAGAAAACGAAUUUGUAUUACUUUAACGAUUGUUUUCUUGUUUUUUGUGCUAUUUGUGUGCGUUUUUGCCGAAAUGAAAUCUGGAAACUAUCGCGUUCGUAGAAUGGUCGAAGAACCUAAAUAUUGGGUACCUAUCGAAGACGCGGUUAAUAUAAGUGUUGAUCCUUGCGUCGACUUUUACGACUUUGCUUGCGGUCGGUGGCCAGAAAGUAAACUUGUACCGAGUUAUGAACCACAUGUUACUUCAUUCAGUAUUCUGGAAGAUUUUGUUGAUAAGAAAAAGAGAAAUGUGUUCCAGAAUUCCAAAGCAAGCAGUAAGUUUCCUCGUGUUGUGAAUCAUGCACUUCAGUUUUACAAAUCUUGUAUGAAUUUCAAUGCUACAGAUAGCAUAGCUAUAAAUUAUUUGAGAAAGUAUUUUAAAGGAAUGGGUGGAUGGCCAAUUUUGGAGGGUAAACUAUGGGAUGGAAGUAAAUUUGAUCCAGUAAAAGCGAGUGCCUACAUUAUGAAAACUUUAUCUACUUGUACUUUUGUCUGUGUGUAUUCUUCAGUCAAUGAUAGCAAUACAAGCCAAGAUGUAAUUUAUUUACGGUCUCCUUCUCCAGAAGCGAAAAGUGCUGUUACUGAUUCUCUUGUCAUACAGAUGCUGUAUUCAAUCAUAUAUGUUUUAAAUGGUUCAGAAAUUGAUGUCAGUCAGUUUUUUAAUGAUGUGCAAAAGUUAAAGAAGGCAGAAAUGAAAUGGAGGACAUUUUUCUCCAAUAAAACUUCUGAUCCAGUUACUAUGACAUUCAAAGAUUUAAACAGAAAAAUUCCUGGUAUUGAUUGGUUAUAUUACAUCCAGUUAGUAACAAAUGAAACGUUAAGUAAAAUAAAUGAAAUAGUUACUGAAGAUGAUUUAGUUGUUAUUGAAAAUCUAAAAUAUUUGGAAAAUAUUGCACAUGUUUUACAGUCGGGUAUGUUUACUAAAUCUGAUUUGGCAAAUUUGUUUGGAUGGUAUGCUAUUUAUGAUUUAUGGAUUUUAAUUCCAGGAGUUGCUGAGGCAUAUUCAUUAAUAAAUAACUUUAAUCUAGCAGAUUUAGAAGACCUCUUUCAAACUAAAUGCUUUGAUAAAGUAUUUGAAAUUUAUGAAUGUAGUAUCGACUACUUGUAUGUCCAAAAUACAUCUCGUCUUAAAAUUGUAAACAGCUUAGUUCUUCUUCAUUACCUUAAAAAUUCAUUUACUGACAUUAUUCAACAAUCAUUUUGGCUAGAUGAUGAUACUAAGAAUGCUGCACUUUUGAAACUAAACUCUAUGGAAAGUAUUGUAGGUUUUCAAAAACAUCUUAGUAAUAAAACUCUAUUUGAUAAAAUUUAUAGUAGCUAUCCUGACCCAACUUCUUGUGUCUUGGAAACCUAUUUCAAAAUCUCGCAGUAUCAGUUUUCUCUUUCGGUAUUAAAUAUAAAGGCUAAAGAGAAUUAUUAUUGGUUUCUCCCAAGAUCAGUUACUCAGGUUAGCGCAUAUUAUGUUUUACAAAAGAACACUGUAGUGUUUCCAGUCUCUGUGCAUAACCCACCAUUUUACUAUACUCAUGGACCAUGGUAUUUAAAUUUUGGAGCCAUAGGAUCUAUUAUUGGUCAUGAACUAAUGCAUGGUUUUGAUUAUAAUGGAUGCCAGAGAGACAAAGAUGGUAUUAUCAGUAAUUGGUGGACCAAUGCUUCUACAGACAGCUUUCAAAAGCACCUGAAAUGUUUCAAAAAUCAGUUUAAAGUUUAUCACAAUGUAAGUGAUCACUUAAAACACGACGAAAUGUUAACUCUAAAUGAAGAUAUUGCUGAUAGUGAAGGCCUGAGAAUUGCUUAUAAUGCAUUCAAGAAAUGGACAAAAGAUCAUGGUCCAGAAGAGAAGUAUCCAAAUUUAAGUAAAUAUACACCGGAACAGAUGUUUUUUAUUGCAUUUGGUUCAAUGUGGUGUUCUAAGAUAGAUUACAAUAUGCGUGCUGCUUUAAGUAAAGUGUCGCAUAGUUUACCCGAACUUAGAGUUAUGGGCUCUGUUUCAAACUCAGAAGCUUUUGCUGAAGCUUUUCACUGUCCGAAAGGUUCACCAAUGAAUCCAGCUACAAAGUGUUCUAUAUUUUAAAUUUUAUUUUCAAAUACAGAGAACAGCUUGUGUAUAUGACCUCGUUGGCAACCCUCCCCCCCCCAAAAAAAAAACAUGAAGUCAUAAGAGAACAUCUUUUUAAAUUUUUUUAUCUUAAGCAUUUGGUUAAAGAACUUAAAAUAUAUGUUUAAGUUAAAAAUGAUGAGAAAAUGCA